AUGAGUCAAAGCGAGCAUAGCUCAGGCAUGGAAGACAGCGGUUCUGAAGACGAGUAUGACCACUAUGGUCGUCCAUCUCGGCGACGGAAGACCCCGCUAAAAUUCCUCCAUACUAUGACAGAGCUGGAAGAUGAAGCCAAUAGUAUUGUGAUCAAGGACUGUAAGCUUGACGCCUGUCUCGACGUAUUCCUUGCCGGUCUCCUGCAGCUUGGGAUAGAUCGGUCCCUAGAUAUGUACAGUCGUCUUCCGGACUUCAAAGAAUUUAGUGGCGAAACAUUGGAAGCCUUGAAAGAAGACCUACGCCGAAACCUGGAUCGCUUGCUGCCUGGGUUUAUCUCCAGUGAUACCUCGAUCCUAGAGAACAAGGUUUUCAAAAAGUCUCUGGAGAAAAGAUUCACGGGGAUAUGGCGUGAUGAUUUCCGCUAUGGUCAUGGGAGGAGCAAUGAUUCCGAAAAAGAUGACACUACACAGACCAUUCCCGUGUCUCUUUUUGAAAUACUCAUGGAGAAGCAGGCCAAGGAACGCAGCACAAAAGGACAAGGAAGCCAGCCAGACUCUGUGACGGACAGCCAAGCUACUCUGACGGAGUAUUGUCGCCGGCUGAAAGACUCUAUAGACAGCGAAGAGGCGAAUGGCUGUUUUGUUUGUGGUGGUACUAUCCCUGUCGACGUGAAUCCCAUACACCCCAGGAACGAAGGCGACCUCUUCCCCAGUCACUAUCUUCUGGUCACUCGGUCACGACGCAACUGCACGCAAGCUGGUGCUUCCCCUUGA